AUUUUUCCGGAUUUUGUUUAAUAGAGUUUUUAUAUUUCUACAAAUUUUUGUUUAUAUUUAUUGCUAAUUAAUUGCACUCUAGUCAGCUAUUAAUAAAGAUAUGUAUUUGAUAUCAUAGUUCUUUCACUCUGUUAAAUAAUGUUACUCUGAGUGUUUAGUGCGUUAAUUUUGACGAAUUGUGUUCCAUUUAUAAAUGAAAAUACAGGUUUCGUGUCUCAUCAGACAGUUGUUUUCACUUCAGGGCCUGGAGAUCAACCUCCAAUUACGAUAAAGCCCAGUAAUCAAAGGCAGAUCGAGUUCAGAAAAAAACAACUUAAAGCGGAAAGACAAAGAUUUGGGCUUAUAAUACCGGCUGUGAAAGCUCACAGGAUGAUCCAUUCAUGGUGACCCGCCACCCUAAGAAAAGGAAAAAAGAAAAGCAGCAGAAACAUUCCAAAAAAUAAAUUAGUAAAGAAUUCAAUGUUCAGGGUCAGUGCCAUCAGUGUUGUUUACAUUUUGAUUCUCUCGCACGCUCCUGCUAACCCAGAAAAGAAAAAGGCUCUAAUGUACAAUCAUACCAGAAGGAAGAAGAAGGAUCCCGACGUUUCUCUUUCUCUCUCUCCAACAACUGCUUCCGCUUCUAUCAAAAUGGCGUCGCCCUCGAGGAUGCUGACGCUGACUCCGUCCCGGGCAAAGAAUAUCCUCUUGCUACUUUCCUUUCUCGUUAUUGUAUUCCUUCUUUUGUACAAUCCGCGCCUCCACGCGCCCUCUACGUUGUUUUUGCGAAUUGAUGUUUCCCCUCCCACGCGCCGCCGCCACCUCUUGUUCGUGAUUGCUUCCUCCUACGCGUCCUGGCCCCGCCGCAAACCAUACAUUCGGUUUUGGUGGGAAUCCAAUUCGACUCGCGCUCUUGCCUUCCUCGACCGUCCGGUCCCACAUGAUCCGGCUCUUCCUCAGGUGGUGGUAUCCGACGACACUUCUCGGUUCCCAUACACGUUUCCCGGAGGCCUCCGGUCGGCGAUCCGCGUGGCGCGCGUCGUCAAGGAGGCGGUGGAUCGGAAUGAGCCGGAUGUUCGGUGGUUCGUUUUCGGAGAUGAUGAUACGGUUUUUUUCGUGGACAAUCUUGUUGGGGUGUUGUCGAAGUACAACCACGAGAAGUGGUUUUAUGUUGGGAGUAAUUCGGAGAGUUACGAGCAGAAUGUGAAACAUUCGUUUUCAAUGGCGUUUGGCGGGGGAGGGUUUGCCAUCAGCUCUUCUCUCGCGAGGGUUUUGGCUGAGGUUUUGGAUUCUUGUUUGAUGCGGUAUUCGCAUUUGUACGGGAGUGAUUUAAGGGUUUAUUCGUGCUUGGCCGAGCUGGGUGUUGGGUUAACUCACGAACCUGGUUUCCAUCAGGUUGACAUGAGGGGGAAUCUGUUUGGAAUGCUUUCUGCACAUCCAUUGUCCCCUUUGUUAUCCCUUCACCAUUUGGAUGCUGUUGACCCAAUUUUCCCAAACAUGAACAAGACUCAAGCAUUGGAAAGAUUUGUUAACGCUGUGCUUGUAGAUCCUGCUAGGAUUUUGCAGCAAACUGUCUGCUAUGAUAGUCUAAAUUCAUUGUCGAUCUCAAUUGCGUGGGGUUAUGCUAUUCAAGUACUUGAAGGCAAUGAGCUUCUUCCCAAUCUGUUGAUGCUACAGAAAACAUUUUCACCAUGGAAGAGGGGGGCACGUGUUCAACAUAACUAUAUGUUUAAUACAAGAGAUUAUCAUAGAGAUCCAUGUCAAAGACCUGUUGUAUUUUUCCUAGAAAGCGUUGAAUCAGGUAAAAAGAGUUCAUGGAGCAACUACACCGGGCAUGUUGUUGGGAAUUGUGUUAAAGCAAAAGCCAUAAAGAGUCUAGAGCAAAUCAGAGUGUUCUCACAGAAAUUAGAGUUUGAUAUUGAACAGAUGAAGGCUCCCCGUCGUAGUUGCUGUGACAUUUUACCUUCGUAUAAUGAAUCAAUGGUCAUUCACAUCAGGCAGUGUGGACCAGUUGAGCGAAUCUCAAUGCAUUAGUAGAAAUUUUGUUGAAACGCCUCUUUGAGAAAGAUUUUCAGUUGGCCGUGAGCCCCGGGAAUUGGAAUCAGUUUUUAUGUCUGUUGGAGUUCUGCACCCAAGAUUUGAGAAUGAUGGAGAAAGAGCAUUUAGAGAGGGCUUGUGGUGUAUGUUAUAACAUUAUGGCAUCAAGCAGAUAUUUGUAUGCUGUUGAAUUGAUGUGAAACUGAGUGAUUGCAUGAAUGGAAACCUUUCAAACUACUCUUACCAGCUGAAGUUUAUUGGUUGUAGCAAGGGAAUUCUGAAAGUGACAGGUAACACUUGUAUCUGAUUUGGAUCUUGGGAGGUGGGAGCUAAUGAAUCCCAAAUUCAGUUGAUGGUGUUGUUAGUUCUUGAGAUACACUUUUGUCAAAUUACAUCUUCUUUACGGUUAUGGUUUGUUUGUGCCUUUGCACCCUGAAGGAGAAGAAAGAACACUGAUGUUGAUUAAUUUUAAUUUUGUCUAUUUGAUUAGGAAACUCGUAAUCUUUAGCAGCUUCAUGAUCCAUUAUUACCAACCCAGCUUCCAGUCCAUGGUAAUUUUUGUUACUCUUUCUUAA